UUGCUUCCAAGAUUGCUGGCAGUCAAAACCCGCAGAACAUGAGUGGUAACAGCUCGGGGCCACCUGGAGGAGCGCCUCCCACAGGCUACACGGGCGGUCCUCCUGCAGCGUUGCAACCUGGUGGUGGUGCUCCCAGUGGAUACAAUGCUUACCCAGGCUCUCCUGCUCCAUCCGGCAACUCGCUACGUACUGGGUCGGCAUCGCCGUAUCCAACUUCGUCGGCGCCGCCCCAACAGUACCAAGCGUAUGCCCCAGCAGUACCUCCCAACAAGCCAGCUCCCUCACCGUCUCCGAUGUCUCCAACAUAUUCUGGAUAUCCUCAUUCGUCUCAAUCCCCUGCACCUCAGAGUUACUCCCCAGCGCCAUAUGCCUCGGCUCCACCACCACCACAGGGAUACCCUCAGGCCCCUCCUUAUGGGUCAGACCCCUAUGGGCCUCCUUAUGGACAACCCCCUCAAGGCUACGGAAGGCCGCCUCCGCCAUCCCCGCAUGGCUCGUCAACUAGAUCCGCGCCUGGACCUGAAUAUUCUUCACAGCCAUCUUCUCAUGGACCAGGAUAUCCUCCGCAGAAUGCACCUUAUCCCGGUGGUCCCGCGCGCGGAACACCUGGACCACCUGGACCCCCUGGACCUCAAGGUGCUCCCUAUGGCCCUCCAGGAGGCGCGUCUCCCGCUCCUCGAGCCACCGAGCAGCAGGUAGCCGCCUAUCGCCAGCUUCUAAUUGGCACCAUCCAGGAGAAGAAUCUCCAAAACUUCUAUCCCCCCGAGAAGUUGAAUUUACUCGUCCAAGGUCUGGCCAACGAUGCACCGGCUAAAAUCAACAAGAUCAUACACGAAUGGGGAGUGCCGACAGAGGUAGCUACGGAUAUCAUUAAAUUGUCCCUCUUCGAUAUCAUUCUUUACGUAGAUGACAGUGGAUCUAUCGAAUUUGAAGAGAGAGGCGUGAGAAAAGAACAACUGAGGCAGAUUAUUGGCAUCGUUGCGACCGCCGCAUCUACCUUUGAUGAGGACGGCAUCUCGGUGCGUUUCAUGAACUCUAUGGAAAGAGGCGACGGCAUCCGUAAUGCGGAUGAUGUCAACAUGUUGGUCUCACGUGUCCGUUUCCAAGGGUUGACGCCGCUGGGGACAGGUCUGAAGAAUAAGGUUCUGGAUCCUCAGGUCGUGGGACCCGCCCGGGCAGGUCGCUUACAGAAGCCGGUCCUUGUCAUUACCAUUACAGACGGACAGCCAGCCGGUGAACCUCUCGAUUGCGUGGCUAAUUCGAUUCGCUAUGCUGUUGACGAGGUAUCGCGAACCCCAUUUGGGCGAGGUGCUGUUUCGUUCCAGUUCUCGCAGGUGGGCAAUGAUGCCAAGGCACGUGAUUUCCUAUCCAGCUUGGAUGAGGACCCAAGCAUUGGAAAUUUGAUUGACUGCACUUCAAACUUUGAGGUCGAGCAAGACGAGAUGUCUCGUGCCGUCCCCCCUGUGUAUUUGACUCGAGAGCUUUGGGGCCUGGAGGGCCUGGCGGACCUCAAGGACCUGGCGGAUUCGGGGGACCUCAAGGACCUGGUGGACCUGGCGGAUUCGGGGGCCCUGGUGGACCUGGAGGGCCUGGCGGCUUCGGGGGACCCCAAGGACCCCAAGGACCCCAAGGACCUGGCGGUCCUGGUGGACCACCUGGAGGAUUCCGGGGACCGGGUGGACCUCCAGGACCUCAAGGGCCUCCACCAGGUCAGUACGGUGGCUAUAACCCGGGACCUGGAUAUGGCCAGCGAGGAAACCCUAAUCAACCCCCUCCACCCAGCCCAUAUGGCCCAGGACCGGGAUAUGGUCAAGCUCCUUAUCCUCCUAACCAGGGCCAGGGUCCACCACCUGGCUAUGGGCAACCACAGCCGUAUGGUGGGUACGGGUCUCCUCCUCCUCCUUCUGCUGGAUAUGGACAACCGCCCGCUGGUGCCACGAGAGGCUAUCCCCCACCACAGAGUCCUUACGGAUACGCUCCCCCUCCGCCACCGCGGUACUAGACGAACA